UUUUGAAGCUGCGUGGAGCUCCCAAACACAAAACACUUAAACAAGAUACAAAAUAUAUCCCUAAUCGUAAACCGUAACCGUUAACCGCUGAGUGCCGCUUACCGGGGAAGUAUCCUACCAAGUCCGGAGGGCAGAACCAUUUGUAAAUUUGCGAAAACGACAGCGACGACAACAACAAGACAAGGAAUCAAGAUAAGAACGGAUCUGUAAAUUCACAGAAGAUAACCCGAGCACCGGCCCUAAAGACAAAUCAAAGUCAAUUCUUUUUCCUUUCGGCUACGCGCACAAAAACUAAACAAGAACUUUUAAUAUAGUAUGGUAAAAGGUGAUUUUGGAAAAAAUAAAAGCGAUUCCUAUAAUGUAGAAACUGGCCUACAACCAAACUACAAUCAUAGCAACUCAGCAAGCAAUCCAAGCUUAUCGCCGACGACCGUUGAGAACCGCGCUAUUAUUCAACCGUAUUCGCUUGGCAGUGGCGCCAAGCAGCCGGAAUAUCAGUUUGCGGCAGUCAACAAGGCCUACGAGGGGGACCUGAGCAGCAACUACGCCAAUAAUGGCAAGAAGGACGUAGAGCGUGGCUUUGGGGGCGCUGCUGGUGACGGCGGCUCCGAUGAGGAGAGAAAGGGUCGUGGUCGUGGGGGAUCGGCGCCCCCACCACGCACCCCGAUAGUCGCUAACUUCGAGCGCGCUAUCGAACUGUGCGGCUAUGGCAAGUUCCAUUACAUCUUGCUGGCCAUUUGCGGCUUGGUCAGCACUUCAGAGGAAAUGGACGUUAUCUGCAUGUCCUUCAUCCUGCCAUCGGCCCAAUGUGAUCUGGAUCUAAAUACGGAGACCAAGGGCUGGCUCAAUUCGAUCAUUUUCAUUGGCAUGAUGGUGGGCGCAUACUUUUGGGGCAGCAUAGCCGACAGUUUUGGGCGCAAGAAGGUGUUGAUUGUCAUCUCCUUCAUGAACGGUUUCUGUAUUGUCGCGUCGUCGUUUUCGCAAAAUUACGUAUGGUUUAUGCUGUUUCGUUUUCUCAAUGGCGCAGCGCUGGGAGGCAGUGGUCCUGUCAUCUGGUCGUACUUCGCCGAAUUCCAACCGAAAGCGAAACGAGGCUCCAUGUUGAGUUUCAUGGCUGCCUUCUGGACAUUUGGUAACCUAUUCGUGGCCGGCCUGGCUUGGUUGAUCAUCCCCACGGACAUCGGUUUCACCACAUCUUACUUCAUCUAUAACUCAUGGCGCAUCUUCCUGCUGGUCUGUUCACUGCCGUCGUUCUUAGUCGGCUUUCUGCUGUUCUAUCUCCCGGAAUCGCCCAAGUUUUUGAUCAUGCGCGGCAAAAAAGAACGCGCGAUGGCUAUCUUCCGCGGCAUUUUUGUGACGAACACUAAGCGCCCGGCCGAGGAGUACAUGGUGGAAGACCUGGAGGUCGACGAGAAGAUCAUCUCGGAGGGCAAUACCUCGAUAAGGAACAAGUACAGUCGUAUGGUGUCGGGCAUGGUGGACCACAGUCGCGCCCUCUUCAAACAGCCCAUACUCAAGUUCACACUUGUCUCGAUUACCAUUAACUUUACAUUCCACAUUGGAUACUACGGCCUAUUGAUGUGGUUUCCGGAGCUGUUCAAUCGGUUCGAAGAGUUUGAGCACGCUUACCCAAAUGAGUCGGCCGGUGUUUGUACGGUCACAGACUAUGUGGUGGGACAAGACGUGGCACUCAACGCCACCUGUUCGUCCGACAUACCGCCAUCCGUGUUUUUGGAGUCGCUCAUCUCUCUGGCUUCAGCCCUACCUGCCAAUCUGAUUGCCAUCUUGGGCAUGGAUCUGUUGGGCCGCAAGUUCUUCCUGAUUGCGGGCACAAUGACUGCCGGUAUUUGCUCGGCCCUGAUGUACAUUGUACGCAGUUCCGUACAGAAUCUGAUCGUAUCGGCUGUUUUCAGCGGCGCCAUCUCCGCGGCGAAUGCGGCACUCGACUGCCUCAUCACCGAAGUAUUUCCGACCAAUCUGCGCGCCACCGGUGUGGCCAUCUCAAUGGUGGCGGCUCGUCUCGGAGGAAUCAUCGGGAACAUUGUGAUCGCCCAACUGCUGGAUCAGUAUUGCCCGGCGCCUACGUUUAUUGUUUCGGCGCUGCUCGUGGGCGGCGGUCUGAUGUGUCUGAUGCUGCCGAACACGACGCGAAAGGAACUAAAUUAAUUCAGCACACCCACAAACACCCACACACCUAUACACCUACCCAAACCACACCCAUAUACGUCCACAUAACACAAAAAAUAUCAGAAGCAAUGCCAAAACAUUACCAACAAAAUGUAAUAACAGCAGUAUUACAAAUAAUAUACAAAAUUAUGGAAAAAUACAUAAACCAACAACCAACA